GAUUCCUUUCAGAACAUGGCUGAGCACUUGUCUGAGGUAGACAAACUACGAGCAAAACUGUUGCAAAAUAUCGAAGCCGAUGACGAAACGGCAACUACAUACUUUAGUAAUGUUGUGAGGGAAGAUGUUUUAUUACGAAUAGAGAAGGUUAUCGGGAAUAUAGUUUCCAGUUUAUCAAGAGAAGAAGCACCUGUCUUGCUCUUAAACAGUCGUAGCCAAUGGUCGAGUGUGAGGUUUGAAAAGCCUGUUGGUCUGCUUAUGACUUCAGACUGCACUGUCACAACUCUACGAAGUAAUGGCUCUUUAAGUCUAAACAAGUUUGCAGUGAUAUUAAAGGCCCUGUCAACAAUUUACAACUUACUCCAAAAUGACUCAUAUGCAACCAAAAGGGAUAUGUACUAUAAUGAUCCUCAGCUGUUUGGAUCACAGAAGAUUCUGGAUACCGUUGUUGAUGAUUUGUCAUGCAUGCUCAAAGUUUCUCGAAGAAGCCUACAUGUGCUUGCUACUACUAAAGGAUUAAUCAUCGGUGAUUUGUGUUACUUAGAGGAGGAUGGGACGAGGGUUGACUGUAGCUUCACUGCAGUCCCUGUAUGCUCGAAUGUCCGCGGGAUAAUAAGUGUUACAUCAUCUGCAAAAUUUGUUCUGGUCAUUGAAAAAGAUGCCACCUUUCAGAGACUUUUGGAUGAUGAUUUUUGCACACGAUUCUACCCAUGUAUCAUGAUAACUGGUAAAGGUGUACCAGACAUCAACAGCAGACUGAUGGUGAGGAGAUUAUGGGAGACAUUGCAAAUUCCAGUGUUUGCCCUGGUGGAUGCGGACCCACAUGGGAUUGAAAUCAUGUGUAUAUACAAGUAUGGAUCAGUUUCUAUGGCAUUUGAGGCAGCAAAUCUGACUGUCUCCUCCAUGCUAUGGCUAGGCCUGUUGCCCUCAGACAUUGAAAGACUUGGGGUGCCACAUGAUGUUCUAAUUCCAUUUACAGAGGCAGAUAAAAGAAAGAUGAACAGUCUGAAAAAAAGACCUUACAUCUUUUGCCACCCUGCAUGGGAGAGAGAGAUAACACUUAUGCUGCAAUGGAAUCAGAAAGCUGAGAUCCAGUCCCUUGCAUCCAUAGCCCCUCAUUUCCUCACUCGUGUUUACCUACCCAAUAAACUGUGUCAUGGAGGCUGGAUAUGAACAUCACUGGAUGCUGUAAUUUUACUUGCACUGCAGCAGACUUUGCUAAUAAUAUAUUUACUGUAUAGAAUUAUCUUUACCAUAUUUUAAGUUAGAAGAAUAGUUUGGUGUUGGUUUAUGCUGCUUUAGGCCCUUAAAGUGUAUUGAUAGUAAUGUUAUACUUAUAAAAGUAUAUGUUUGUUAAAACCAAUAAACAAAAAGCAAACAUCCAA